ACAGUGAGCACAACUCUAUAAUCAUCGAGCAAUCCGAGGUGGUUGUAAAAGCUUGAACUGGAUUGCUCUGUGUAUAAUAUUUGGUAAUGAUACGCAUGCGUUUUUAGUGGUUUAACUGUGUUUUAUUAACGCGUUAAAGAGGAAAAGUUGCUCGUGGCGGCGUGGCCACGUGACCGCUCUGGGCGACUCGCCUGACUCACAUGACUGGAACAUUCCCGGUGUUGAUAUUGAGGCGCAUGAACGAGCAGCACUGCUGGGUAGAGAGCUCGUGUGUUUUUCCAUCUGAAACAAACAAAAGCCAAGAGCUCGAGAGUGUAAGAUCUCACAGCAGGCGAACAGCACUCUGUUAAAGAUCAGUUAAAGACUGCACGCUUCUCUGGGCUACCGGGAGCAGCGCGUGACUCCGGGACGUGUUUACUGCUGUCACUGCUGCCAACAGCUUCAUCUCUGCGCGUGCAUUAUUAACUGUGCAAAACAAAAACAUGACCCACAGACUACUGGCAGGCAUCGCCACUGGCUGCUUCUUUGUCUUAGGCUGGCUGACUGCAGCGCAUGCCGUAAUACUUGAAGUGAAGAAUGGAAAUUCGACCUGUAUCAAAGCAGACAUCUCAGCCAACUUCACCAUCACAUACCCCAUCACCAAUGGAACAAAAACUGUAGUUGUGCCGCUCCCGGGAUCAGCAGUAGUGGGAAAUGGCAGUUCCUGUGAAGGAGACUCUCCGGACCUGCUGGCCACCUUCGGUGAUGGUCACUCUCUGGGCCUGGUGUUCUCCAACGAUGGCCAUAGAUAUCACGUGGCCAACCUUAGUCUGACCUACAACCUGAGUGACAGUGCCACCUUUCCUCAGUCCACCAGCAAGGAUAUUACGGUGUUGACUACAAACACCUCUCCGAUCUCAGCACAGCUCAAUACCACCUACAGGUGUUUGAGCCCCAGCUCAGUCAAUCUGGGAGGCCCUGGAGUGACGAUCACAUUCUUCAACCUCCACAUGCAGGCCUACAUGCACAGCGCCAACCUGAGUACUAACGAGACUGUUUGUUCAGCUGAUACUCCUACCACCACUGCUGCACCCACUACCACCCCUAUCACCACAGCCACCCCCAUCACCCCAACCAAACCUGAGCGCGGCAACUACAGCGUUGAAAACUCCACCGGCACGGCCUGUCUUCUGGCCAGAAUGGGGCUGCAGCUGAAUGUAACAUACUUCUCCAAAUCUCAGAAUAAAACUAUUGUGGUGAUAACGAACGUGCAGCCCAAUAAGACGCAUAUCUCUGGGUCAUGUGAAUCCACAAGUGCUACUCUGCUGCUGACUGGAGAGCUCGCCAACCUCAGCUUCGCAUUCACAUUGAACUCCACCACCAAUAAAUAUCAUCUCAGCACCUUGAAUAUGUCUGCCAGUUGGGAAGAUAUGUCAGAGCUAUUCAGCGUCAGCAACAGCAGUCUACAGUACAUGCAGGGAACCCUGGGCCGCUCCUACAUGUGCAGUGUUGAGGAGGUUCUUCCUGUGGUCAGCACUUUCUCUCUAAACACCUUCGACCUGCAGGUGCAGCCCUUCGGCGUCCACAACAACGAGUUUGGACCAGCCGACGAAUGUCGAAUGCAGAAGGACAGCAUGCUGGUGCCCAUCAUUGUCGGUGCCUCCCUAGCCGGCCUCGUCCUCAUAGUCCUCAUAGCUUACUUGGUCGGCAGGAAGAGGAGUCACGCAGGCUACCAGACCAUCUAAACCACUAUUGUCUGUAUAGGACUAUACUGUGUGUGUGUGAGUUUGAGUACUUCUUGUUUCCGGGUUGUUAAACCUUUAUCUUCAUUCACGCCUCUACUCUUGGAGUACAUAAGAAAAAAGGCCACCUAAAUAUUACUACCGGCUCUGUUUCACCGACUGACUGACUGACUGACUGAUUCCGAGUGUUGAGAUAUAGAUUUGCAGGGGUCACUUGUGACUCCUGUACAGUAGGUGGCAAUGUAAACCUAAAAUAUGGGCCAGUAAUUCCUCAUUAAAUACAGAGAGGAAGUGUUGCCACUCUGGUACCAUGUUUCCAUGUAAUCCAAUAAACCCUAAACCAAUAAACCUCGCCUUGGGAGAAUAAACCCUAACUCGAAAUUUCCCUCCUCUGACUAGGAAAAACCAAAGAAAAUGCCCCCUCAACUUGGAAUUCCUAUUUGGAAAGUCAGGAAGGUCUCCUCAACCCCAGGUUUAGCAUAUGAUGUCGUUAACUUGGUCGCUCACACCGUCAACAGUAAAUAAAAUGAUCAAUCAACACAGACACAGUAGUUGGUUACAUCUCUAACACUGACCAUACAGUUUGCUGUUUUGAGAAAGUACAUUAGCUGGUUAUCUUAUUAAAAAAAAAAAAAAGCAAACAAAAAGUGCUGUCAUGGCUGCAUCUGUGUUUUUUCCACGAUUUGUAAGCUUGAAUGUGAUGUGCUUGAAAAUUAGAUAAAAAUUUCUUCCUACUUCCAAAUUAAAUGCAGCGUAAUAUUUCGUAUUCAGAAGCAGGCCACUGAUUGGACAGUUGAGAAGCCUGAUUACAGAGGGUGGAGGUGAAUAUCCAGCAAAAGGGUGUUUGUCUACAAUUUUCGCAGGUUUCACUGAUUUGCUGUGGUUGCCACGGUGAUGUAAAAGCUUUCUGGAAUAUCGAAUAAGAACAUUCAGAUGUAGCUGAGGAAAGCUUAGCUUUACUGGAAUACGAAUGGGGAAAAAUAACGUUUCAUCAGAAGUAGCUACAUCCAAGUUGAAAGCUGAUCAUUGCCGGUGGAAGUUAACAGGCAGUGAUGUAUUGGGGUUACACACUGGCACUAUUUAUCUUGAGCAUUAUGCCAUUACUGAGCGUUAUUAAUUAUCAGUAUCAGCCACCUUUGCACUUAGCUAGCUAGCUUGCAUGUUAUCAACAGUGAUGCCGCAUUCAAAUAGAGUAGAAGUCAAGAGAAGACUAGGCAUGCUAGGCCACUGGGAAAUAUGGAUACCAAGCAUGAAAGCUAGCUAGUGACUUAAGCUAACACUUUGGCUAGCUAGUGCAUAGCCGUUAAGGCUUUUAUGCAGAUAAUGUAAAGGCAGAAUGGCAUUAGAAACAAGACAAAACUGUUGGGAAUAUCAACAUUUUCCUCAGCUGUGUUGGUAAAUCCAUAAGAAAAGCUUCAGUAUGAUUAAAAUUACAGAGUAGUUACACAGGAUCAACCACAAGCUAAACUUAAGUAGUGAAUAACAGAAGAAUGGGCUGAUACAUGACCCCAUUUGAAUGUGGCAUAUGAUUCAAAAGACAUCAGUUUCUAGCCUCCCAUCAAAGAUUUGCGUAAUUUGGAGGAACAGCUCACAUUCUAUAUUAGUGACGUGUGAAAAAUUCAAUGGAAGUCUGGCAAAAUUUAGCUUGCCUUAUUUAAUUAGAUCCCGUUUAUCAUUUAAUUGUGUUUUAUUGAUCAUGGAUGACCUCUUUGUACUAACAUCUACUGACUUUUAAGAGGUCAUUCGUAAAUGGUUUUUAUGUGUAAUAAGUACUUGCAUGGAACCUGUAAGUUUGUAAGUAACCAUGUAAGUUAUAAAAUAGCUAAGAAGUUCCAAACAUCGCUACUAUGGAAUUAUCCAGCCUUCAUGGCACAGAUAUUCAAGAUUCAAGGCUGGGGAUGUGGACUGACCUGAGCUCUGACCCACCACAAUAAAUUGGGAGAAUUGUAAGACUUAACAGAUUUUGAGAGAACAGAAGAGGAGUUAGCACAUGAGUGUGUCUUGGUGUGUAUGACAGAGAGACAGAGAGAGAGAGAGAGACUGAUACUGAUACUAGGCUUGAGGAUAACGGCAUCGAAUGACAAAAGGCUUACAAGCUCAGGUUAAAUAAUUGAUGCACUUGUCUCGUAUUUUCUCCCAGUUAGGGAGCUUGAAUUAGGGCUUGGAUCUUAUUCAUGCUGUCUUUCUGUCGCUCUUUCUCACAGAGAAAUUUAGCAAGUAAACCUUCUCAGGUUGGUGUAAGAACUUUACGCUGAAAUUAAUGUGAAAGCUCUCAGCGUGUUUAGAAAACUGCAUCUUUUAAGCACAUACUGACAGCAAUUUGAUAUAUUCAGUCAUUGGUCUGUUUUGGUAACUAUUAAAACACACCUCUUAUGAUUCACCAUCUAGGACCCGUUUCACAUUUUUAGGCAUGACACACCAAAGACCAAAGACAUCUUACUCAGUAUCAGUGUGUAUUUAGGCCUUGAAUGGAUUGGGUUAGUAUGAACUCCUUUUUUACAUCUAGAUAUAUUCCACUUUGUUUUUGAUUUUUCUUUUUUUAAUGGUAGCCAUUUUAACCUUUGUGUAGAUUCCAGUGAAAAAGGGAAAACCAUGAUCGUCUGUACAAACCUAUUAUUUUACUUUCUCACCCACUGAUACUAAUUAACGUCGUGACCUUUGACUCCGCAUGCUACAGUUACUAGUCACUUUCUAUAAGGUUCUAAAAUUGAGGUUUUCUCAAAGCAAAUUGAAUAAUGACUAAGCCACAGAUGCAGUUUAAUUUGUUUUCAUGUUACAAUAUAUGAAAACUGUACAGCUCCUGUAGCAGAACCUAACUGGAGAUGCUUUUAAGGGGGAGAAGUUACGUAAUGUGGGGUGUAGCAGCUGUCUGUGUAAAGAACAUUGAGGACUCUGAAAUUAUCUUCAGGGAUAUAAUCAUUCUCUCGAGCACAUAAUGGAACCUUUCUUGGUGAAAUACUGAACAGGACAAAAGUCAAAGAAAGUAUCUAAUUUCGGUGCAUGUGUUUGCUUUGCAGUUCCGAUUUUUUUUCCCCUUCAUUGUAUACUGUACAGCAGACUUUACGCUUUUUCAAAAAUGUUGCUUUGUCUAAUCUCUUUUGGUUGAUGGUUUGCUCAUCUAUAACUGCAGUGAUCUGAUCUUUUAUUUUUGUAGAGAAUAUUUGUAAUGCGUGGUGAGGCCAAUAAAUGAGGUGAACACUU